AUGGUGCCCGUGAAGGUUGGCGACGUGCUCGAGUUCGACGCGCUGUCUGCGUCGGGCAUUGGCAGCUCCAGCCCAACCAAAGCCGAAGGGAGAAGCCUCACCACCGGUCGCGUAGUGGAAGUAAACCCCGAAGAUGAGGGAGGAAACGGCACCUGCACUGUGCAAGUGUCGCCUUAUGAGCCUCUGCAGCCGCUAGACCUCAAGCGAGCGUUUUACAAGGUCGUGUACGAGGCUGGUGAGUUGCGUUCUCUCUCCUCUGCAAUGGUGAGCUGGGAGAUCGAGCUCGAGAGCGCGGAUACGAAGCGUCUGGAGCGUGGUGUCGUGAAGCAAAUAGACUGCGAUAUCAACUGCGCCUUGGUCCUUUUUACCGGUGGGAGGAAGGAAUGGCUCGACCUCACCUUUUUCCGCGUCAAGGUGCCCGGCCACCAGACCAGUCCAAGCGUCGACGGACAAGGAAUCGAGUUAUUUGACGAUUACUCCAAGCAGUAUCUGAAGUUCAAAGUGGCUGCACAAAGCAAUUGGUCCAACGAGGCCUUCAUCUUCGAGCCCGUGGAAAACCCGCCGGCUCAGUGGGAAGAGUACCGUCGAAUUCUUGUGGGUCACCGAGUCGAUGUGUACGACCGUGUCGGCAAGAGCGUUAUGAACGGGAAGAUCCUCGCAGUUGGCGGCAGCGAGAACUCCAGCGACGAGCCAACUCUACUAGUUCGCUUCAAGGACGGACACCAGUCCUGGAUCGACUUGCGUACGGACAAGGUGAAGCUACGAAUGCAUCCUGCGACAGAGACGACUCGAGCUUCCGACGAAGGUCCAAAGACGCCACCACAAGCGUCACCUAGGAUGGAGAGCACUAACGAGAACGGCGUUGCUUCAAUGUCCACCUCAAGCUCGAUCCCAGCAGUUCACCCGAACAAAACUGACACGGUUCCACCACAACCAGACCACAGUCAAUCGUUAUUUCGCAUUCCAAGCGGAGAAACACCAGACAACUUCGAGGGCACUCUGCCAAAGACGAGUGCAGCUCCUAAUCCAGUAAGCGAGCCCGAAGUACCAGCAACUGGAGGCAGCCCGACUCGAAAACCUUCUCCCGGGAAACGCGUAGGUAUGCACCGGCGAGCCAGUCAGUCGUCGGACGUCCCGAAGGUGCCGCUACCCGCUGAUCCGGUGGAGCCACGAGUUCUGCCUGCGUCGAUCCCCAUCAAGGAAGAAACCCCGUUGGCACCGGCCGUGUCCACGGUCAAGCCGUUGAGUCCGCUGCAGUCGCCUCGCCUCGACUCGCAUCAUAUGCGCCCGGUGUCACCAGGCGGCCCUCUUCCCCCCGUGCAGCCAGGCAGCAACCUCAGCUCCCCCAGCAAGACGCAGCAGCUCGCGCAGACAGGUGAAUCCAGCAGCUAG